AUGCAGCACAAAGCCACCAAGGAACACCAGCCUGGGACAGGCAGCCAACUGACCCGUGCACAAAUCGUCAAAACGCCUUCCUACCUACCUCUCUCCUCGUCAACGAACCCCGCUCUGCCGCUCAUGUCGUCGGUACCCCUGCCCCGACCUGGCGACGUCCGUACAGGCGGUUACUUGAUCGGCACGCGGAGACCGGUAGACUGCGAAGCCGAGGGCGUGUUCGUCAAGCGGAUUCAGUGGGGCGGGAGGGAUAUUAUCGUAAAGUACGGCAUCUCGGUCUCCAGCGGGGAAGCAGACGUGAUGAGGAUGAUCAAGGCGAACACUUCUAUCCCUGUCCCGAAGGUCUACGGCGUCGUGCACGAGGAGGCGACGGGCGAGACGUUCAUCUACAUGGAGCUCGUCGACGGGAUUACGCUCGCCGAAGCUUGGUCCAACCUCUCUCCUCUAGAGCUCGCCGCCAUCCAACGCGACUUUUCCGCCUAUGUCGCCGAACUCGCCACGCUCGAGCCACCGCACGACGUCGUGCUCGGUGCUUGCAACAACAAGCUCGACACUCGCGUGGGCGAAUCGUGCCAUGCGUUGCUCGUGCGGAAGCCCGAGCCUGUCAUGCGCACCAUUGAGGACUUUGCGGGUUGGAUCCGCUCCGAGAUGGAUCGCCGUCGUGGCGCACUCUUGAGGCUCCCACCAUCACCGGCCAACCUCGACCAGCUCCUCACAAGCAGCGUCGUCGGCUUCGUCCACGCCGACUUGCACGGCGAGAACAUCCUCAUCAAGAACGGUCGGAUAGCCGCCAUCAUCGACUGGGAACUCACCGGAUGGCUACCACGCAUCGUCGAGCCGCUCGCCCUCGUUGGGUACAUCAAGAAACGGCGAUACGGGUGUCCACCGGCAAUGGAGGGGCUGCUGAGCACUUUCGACCUCGAGCCGGAGACGCGCGAAGGUUUGCUGUUCGUGCACAUGGCGCUGAAUGCGGGUCCAGAUUCGGCGCACUGGGCGGAGUCUUGGUGA